GUGAUUAUGCAGCUGUCAGGACAGUGGCAGUUCCCAGCUCAAACAGCGUAAAUAACCAGGAAGAGAAACGUGACGGAUUACGUAACGUGUCAAAGGGGUAAUUUGCUCCACUGGCUUCGGCUGCUGCUGCUAACAACAACCAACAUUCUUCGUAGCUUCUUGAGUAAAUAUUCUGUGACAACGACGACACUGAACACUGAACAUUCACAGCUGACUCUCUCCCGCAUGUUUCAAGACAGUGUCCCGUUGGUAAACGGCGACAACAGACUUGACUCGGGUGGGAGUGUGAAAAGAGGCCAUAAGCUGACGCUAACCAUGGCCACAGUCCAAUACCAAGUUUACCAUCUCCGGGACUCACUUUACUGGGAUGAAACCGACUGCCUCAACUACUAUGGAAUGCUGUCUCUACAUGAAGUCUUUGAAAUAGUUGGUUCUCAGCUAACGGAGACUGAUAUUGAAGUGCUGUCAUUCAUUCUGAAUGAAACCUACCCCACACCACACCCUCUCAAUCCAGCAGGUUGGACUGUUGAUCCUUGUGAGGGCGAUCCAGAUGGCUUGGGAGUGUCCCCGAGUCCUGAGUUGCUAAAAGCCUGGAGGCGUCUAAAGCCUCGGGCCUCCCAGCAACCCUUAGUUGUCUCAUAUAAGUCCAAAAGUGGCCUUGAGCUGUUGCUUGAGCUGGAGAGGCGAGGAUACCUCAGUGAUGGCAACCUGGAGCCACUACUGGAACUACUUAGAGUUCUCACUCGUCAUGAUCUUCUGCCUUUAGUGUCCCACAAGAAAAGAAGGACAGUGUCUCCUGAGAGAACUGGGCGGAGGUGUGGAACAGAGAACAGGGAGUCGGUGUGUAUCUCUGGAAUGCGACAGACAGAGAUCCCUUUACCAUAUUUCACACAGCAACUGAGAACCAGUAUUUACCCUCCAGUGCCUGAGCCACCUGCUAGGAGGAGGAGGAAGAAAAGAGGAAAUGGCUGGAGCCGUAGGCCCAAGAAAACAAGCAGACAUUGCCAGCCACAACUUCCAACACCACCACCACCGCCACCACAUAAGAUGUCAUGUGAUAUCCGCCUGCGUGUCCGGGCUGAAUACCUGGAGCAUGAGUCAGCACUUCGUGACAGUGUCUCCUCGGACAAGCAGCAGCCGUUAGAGCGGCAGUUUGAAUUGUUCAGUCGGGCCAGCUCGCUGCUGCGUGCCAGAGACCUGGGUUCCAUCAUCUGCAACAUCAAGUUCACAGAGCUGGAUAACCUGGAGGCCUUCUGGGGUGACUACCUGAGCGGAGCGCUGCUGGAGGCCUUGAAGGGAGUGUUCAUCACAGACUCACUGAGGAUGGCAGCAGGCACAGAGGGCGUCCGCCUGCUGAUCGGCGUGGACCAGGAUGACUAUGAAGAGGGCCGAAGGCUGCUGAGAGCCAAGAGACUGUCGUCGUCCUGUAAUGGUGGGCACACAGAGACUCGCUGAGGUGUGUAGGCAGAGGAGACUCUUUGGGAUGCAUUACACUGACUCUGAAGAAUAGAAUUACAUAAGACAGUUAUUGAGGGGAGAAGCCUCCUGGCAAAUAUGCAAUCACUUAAAAGUCUUCUCUUUGUAGUUUCACUUCACCUUAUAACCACUAGAUGGAAGCACUCGCCAUUAGUUUGAGUUUUCACCAGUUGCACUUCAUUUUCAAAUUUGUUUGUAGUUGAAACGUAUCUGUUUGACAAGGUUUGAAUCUUAAUGGAUCAAUGUGCUUUUCAUUUGGAUUUCUACAUGUGUGACAUUGUUGGAGAACCAGGACAUGAAGCAGGACAUAUCAAGAUUUAGUGGUAAGCCCUUCUUUACACACUGACUGCCACUGAUGAUAUGCAAUGAUCUCGGUCAUUGUUGAGACUGCACUCAAGUUCAAACUUAAUAGGCCCCAUUUGUAAAAAAAAAAAAAUAUA